AUGUUUCAGUACGAAGCUCUUAUAACUGGAUGCAAUAGGAUUCCGGCUGCGGCAUCUUGGGCGUCCAACGACAUCCUUGCCUUUGGAGCAGAGUCUUUGGUAGCUGUCGGUGAUCCUCUUCAUGGAAUCAAUUGUCUUCUAUCUGGACACAAAACUACUAUAAACUGUGUGAAUUUUUUGCAGUAUGAUGAUGCUUUACUUAUAUUUUCAGCUUCUAUUGACGGAGAGUUGAAAUGCUGGAAAAAAGGGGGAGACUACGGUUAUGAUUGUGUAUUUACCACUACUUUGUCUUCCUCCAUCAACUGUAUGUGCAUCUACGACGGUAUUGUCGUUUGCGGCUGUAGCGAUGGUACAUGUUCUGUCUUCAGUUGGGAUAUCACUAAGCAGGAGCUUGUGAAACACACAAAAAUCGAGUUAGAGAAUUGCAUACCAAUGGCUUUGUCUAUGAUUUACACAUCCUCAAAUGAUGCGAAAGAAUUUCGGCUUGCUACUCGUUUGCUUGGACACGUUGAUUGGGUUCGUUGUUUAGAAUUCUACACGAAUUCAAAUUCAAAAAUAACUUUGGCUUCUGGAAGUCAAGACAAACUCAUUCGUUUGUGGUCUUUGACUUUACAAGCAGAGGAAGAUGCUCCCAAGGAUGAGGAAACUGAACUUGGUGAAGAGUUGCUGAUGAAUAAGCCUUUCAAAUUUGAGCAUAGUGGAAUGAACAUGCAGAUAGUUUUUGAUGCUCUGCUACUAGGUCAUGAAGAUUGGAUUAUGACGAUCAAGUGGAAUAGCACAGGAGACGCUUUGUUAUCGUCAUCUACCGAUUCUUCGCUCAUUAUUUGGGAAGCGGACAAACAAACCGGAAUUUGGAUUAUAGCCGAACGUUUGGGUGAUAUCGCAUCCUCUCAUGGUUCCACGACUGCUACUGGUAGUGCAGGUGGAUUUUGGGGCGGUUUAUGGAAACCCGAUGACUCAGCUGUUGCCUGUUGGGGCCGUACAGGUGGUUGGCGUAUAUGGGUAAAUGAAUCUGGAGAAUGGGUUCAGAAAUGCUCAAUUUCUGGUCAUGCUGCUCCUGUAAAAUGCGUUUCUUGGGAGCCCGAAGGUCGCUACUUUUUGUCAACGGGUCUUGACCAAACAACACGGUUGUUUGCACCACUCAAGAAUGGCGAAUGGCAUGAAAUGGCUCGUCCUCAAAUACACGGUUAUGAUAUGAAUUCCUUGUAUGUGGUUUCUGCAACCAGAUUCAUCAGCUGUGCUGAUGAAAAGGUCAUGCGAGUUUUCGAUAUGCCUAUCACAAUUCUUCGGUUUUUGAAUCGUAUCUGCGGAAUUGUGUUGAAUGAAAAAAGCUUGCCUGAAGCGGCAAACGUCCCAUUACUGGCUUUGUCGAAUAAAGCCAUUACUUCAACGGAGACAGGUACUCUAAACGCCGAAGAACUUCAGCAACCUAUCACAGCAGUGAUUGACAGUCUCAACGACGCGCCUUUGGAAGAACAUCUUCAACGUCUUACGUUGUUCCCUGAAGUCGAAAAGCUUUAUGGACACGGUUAUGAAGUUUACGCUUGUUGUGCCACAAAAGACUGCGCUAUACUGGCCAGUGCGUGUAAGUCUCAAACCCCUGAUCACGCAGUUAUUCGUUUAUAUGAAACUGCUACCUGGAAGCAAACACAAGUUCUCUCCGGUCAUUCAUUGACAAUUACUACAUUGAAGUUUUCGUAUGAUGACAAAUAUCUGUUAUCCACUGGUCGUGAUCGAUUGGUGUGCCUGCACAAAAGAAUUGAAGAUUCUUUUGAGCCUUAUGCCACUUUAAAAUCGCAUUCCAGAAUUGUUUGGGACGCAUCGUGGGCUCCCUCUUCGGCUGGUUACGUAUUUGCUACCGGUUCUCGUGACAAAUUCGUAAAGUUUUGGAAGCUAGAUGAGGAGACAAAAAGCGCCAAGAACGUCUCGGCUUUGCAAUUUCCCACUCCUGUAACAGCCGUUGAUUUUGCACCAUUCCUUUACCAGGAUAAGCUGUUAUUUGCCGUUGGUACAGAAUCUGGAGCAUUGUUUAUUUGGCAAUGUCCUCACCAGGAUCUUACAAAAUGGAAGCCCACUAAAGUACCUAAUGAGCUUAAUCCUGGUAAAACUAUAACGUGUCUUUCUUGGCGACCAGUCCUCUGUGACUCCACUGUACAACUUCUGGUCGCUAGUGAUGAUACUUCAGUUCGCAUACUGAACAUAAAACUUACGGAGCUCUAA